UUUCUUUUCCCAAGAAACUAAUCUCCGUCUUCUCAAACGAAGAAGAAGACUUCAGAAGAGGAGGAAUAGCCAUGGAGACAAGCAUCACGUGCUACUCACGUGGGAUCCUCCCCCCAAGCUUCUCUUCUCAGCGUUUCUCUGCUCUGCUCUCUCCACCUUCUUCUCUCUCCACUUCUUCCACCUCCAGGGGUUUCCAAAUUCGGUAUUAUCAGCGUCUGAAGUCGAGCUCUUUCUUCGGAGAAUCACUGAGAUCGGCACCAAGAUCGUCGUUGAAGAAGGCGAAGAGCAAUGGCACUUCAAUCGUGACCAAAUGCGAACUUGGCCAAAGCUUGGAAGAGUUCUUGGCGAAGGCGACUCCAGACAAAGGGCUGAGGACACUACUGAUGUGUAUGGGAGAAGCACUGAGGACUAUUUCCUUCAAAGUGAGAACGGCUUCUUGUGGCGGAACCGCUUGCGUCAAUACCUUUGGCGACGAACAGCUCGCCGUCGAUGUGCUCGCCGACAAGCUUCUUUUCGAGGCCCUGCAAUACUCGCACGUCUGCAAGUACGCUUGCUCGGAAGAAGUACCUGAGCUCCAGGACAUGGGAGGUCCUGUCGAAGGUGGAUUCAGCGUGGCGUUUGAUCCGUUGGACGGAUCAAGUAUCGUUGAUACAAACUUCACGGUGGGAACGAUAUUCGGGGUGUGGCCCGGAGACAAAUUAACCGGCGUAACCGGAAGAGAUCAAGUGGCUGCAGCCAUGGGGAUCUAUGGUCCACGAACCACUUACAUCAUCGCCCUCAAGGACUAUCCCGGAACCCACGAAUUCCUCCUCCUCGACGAAGGAAAAUGGCAACACGUAAAGGAUACGACGGAGAUCGGUGAAGGAAAGAUGUUCUCUCCCGGAAACCUGAGAGCCACAUUCGACAAUCCUGAAUACAGCAAGCUGAUCGAUUACUACGUGAAAGAGAAGUACACGUUGAGAUACACCGGAGGAAUGGUUCCCGACGUCAACCAGAUAAUAGUGAAGGAAAAGGGAAUAUUCACAAACGUGACAUCGCCAUCGGCUAAGGCGAAGCUGAGGCUGCUGUUCGAGGUGGCUCCGCUUGGUCUGCUCAUAGAGAAGGCCGGUGGAUACAGCAGCGACGGCUACCAGUCCGUCCUCGACAAGACGAUAAACAAACUCGACGACAGAACUCAAGUGGCUUAUGGAUCCAAGAAUGAAAUCAUCCGUUUCGAAGAGACCCUUUACGGAUCAUCCAGGAUCAAGGCUGAUGGUGCCGUUGUUGGAGCUUCUGCUUAGAACCCUGAAGAAAAAAUAAGAGAAAUUUCCAAAGUUUUUGUCAUAUAUAUAUGCAUGAGAGAAUCAAUGAGAUUAAAUGAAUAUCACAGCAAA